AUGGGCAGUAUCGGACCUGUAACCGAUUCUAUUCAGCAGGAUCUCGAGCAGCUUAUCGUUGCUAGCAGGAGAUAUCAUGAGCAAUCACCGGGCCUCGACAGUUAUGAGGCAAGAGGUGACCUCCUGGUUAAAGCAACUCGCCUAGUGCACACCAUCCGAGGCCCGGCAGACAUGCUUUUUGGACAAUUCGAGAAUAUGACCAAUAUGGGAGCAAUCCGAACGCUACUUGAGGCUGGCGUUUUUCAUGCCAUUCCGACUGGAGGGAGAAGCGUUUCGGCUGCGGAAAUUGCAGCAAAGACUGGAGUGGACAAGAAUAUUAUAGUACGACUCAUGCGUGCAGUCACUCCAUUAGGACCAUUCCGUGAAGUCGCCGAAGAGGAAUAUUCCCACACUCCCUUUUCGGAAAUCUAUUUGGUUCCCCAAAUGGCGGCAGUGUAUAACCUCAUGAUGGACGAAUAUUGUCCCGCCAUGCUCCGGAACCACGAAUUCCUUCAGCAACACUCCUGGCAAAACAAAUAUGGCGUGCGCCACAAUCCUUACUCCCUUGUCCAUGAUUGCGAAGGCAAAACCAUAUUCGCGCACUUGUCUGAGUCCCCAAAGCGACUUACCCGCUUCAAUGACGCGAUGCGAGCAGCGGAUUCGGCGCUGGUGACCAUUGGUCUCUACCCUUUUGCGGAGGAAUUGGGUGAUCUAGCCAGUGACGACGGGGCCAGUGUUGUUGAUGUGGGUGGAGGUCGCGGCCAUAUUCUCCAGCAGAUUAAACAGAGCGCACCCGAGCUUAAGGGGAGGUUUAUUUUGCAGGACCAGGCGGGUGUGCUUGAGGAUAACGGGAAGGAGAUAGAAAAGCAUGGGAUUGAGGCUAUGGCGCAUGAUUUCUUCAAGCCCCAGCCGGUUAAAGGCGCCCUAGUCUAUUAUAUCCGGCGGUGCCUGCAUGAUUGGCCCGACGAGCCUGAAUCCCGUCAGAUUCUCCAGAACCUCGCUGCGUCUAUGGACCGCGAUAGAUCCCGAGUCUUGAUUACGGAGUAUAUCGUCCCGGAGGUCGGGUCGACGAUGUCAAUUGCGUGGAUGGACCAUACCAUGAUGACUUUUGGGGGUGUGGAGCGCACGGAGAAGGAUUGGGUGAGGCUUCUUGAUACUUCCGGGCUGAGAUUAGUUAAGGUGUGGAGAGCUAAGGGGGUGCCGGUGGGCGUUGUUGAGGCGAGAUUGAAAUAG